AUGAAUCGAGCCUGGGCUCUGUUCAAGGCUCACCCCUACAUCAGUAACGUCCUGGGAUACACAGCUCUGUUUGCCUCUGCUGACGUGAUACAGCAGAGCGUGCUGGGUGGGAAACAUAAAGCAGGAUCAACACCAGAGGGUUCACCUGGCAUCGACUGGUGUCAGACGGCUCGAGUGGCGACUGUUGGUUUCUGUUUCCAUGCCAACUUCAACUACCACUGGCUCAGGGGGCUGGAGAGGAUGCUGCCAGGGGGUGGAGUGAAGGCAGUGACAGGGAAAGUCGUUGUGGAUCAGCUGGUUGCAGCUCCACUCACCAUCAGUGCCUUUUAUAUUGGUUUAAGUUUACUCGAAAACAAAGAGGACCCACUUGAAGACUGGAGACAGAAAUUCUGGACAUCUUACAAGACUGGAGUGGUCUUUUGGUCAACAAUGCAGGCAGUGAACUUUGCCCUGGUUCCCCCUGUGGCACGGACAGUGUUUCUGGGAGGCAUCGCACUGACUUUCACAGUCUUCCUCUGCCACCUCAGACAGCAGCACAGCCAUAAACUUGAAUAA